AUGCGACUCCUCGACUCUCGCCGCGAAAAGCGAGGGACCCACGGCGAACCGAAUUCCGGACGGAUGAUGAUCAUGGAACCGCCUGGUCACGAGCCGUAUACUGAAGAUUCUGUGAACAAACCAGCUGAAGCAAUUCCUGUAGUAGCUGAUCGUUUGGGAGUAUUUGCUGCAUCCUCUCAGUCCGACGUAUCCGGUGUUCACCCCCAUCAGAUCCGGGCCUAUGAAGCGUCGCCUACACCUUCGCAGACAUUAUCGAUUCACAUGAAUCGGGCUCACUACCCGAAACCGCCCAUUGCAAGUGGAGGUAGCGAUGUCUUCGCUUGCAAAUGCCGCCACAUAGAUCGAGACCUCAAGCCCUACGUCUGCCUCUCGGAGACUUGCACAGAAGGGCACCCGACCUUUUCGACCUCGGAUGAGUGGUUCAGGCACAUGGAAUUACACGGCCACCGAUGGCAGCGACAGAAUUACUUAUUAACAGCUUGGAUCUGCACUAUCUGCGACUUCAAGUCGAACAUCUACAGGAAUUCCGAGGCCCUCCACGUACAUCUAAAACAAUCACAUGCUGAUGAAUUUACAAGUAAACAACUUCAAGCCUUCUCACGACAGAGCAGGAUAGCGCAGCCAAGGGCUCGGAACGAGUGUCUUCUGUGUUGUUGCCUUGUGGAGGAGACACCCCAAGACCAUGGUGGGGUGGUGUUUCCCAAGCGAAGAAAAGGAUCGUCGAAGCAGCAAACUGCAAAAAAUGCUAGGAAGACUCACGAGACAAUUACCGCUGUUCGCCCGAGCCCCCAAGCCAACUUUUCCGACACCUCUUCGGAUUCAGACGAUGCCAACCCUCCAAGUCACAGACCUCAAACUCAAGUCCACGCGAGGGCUCUAGCCCGGCACAUUGCGGCACAUUUACAAGGGCUGAUGCUCUUGACUCUACGCUUCGCAGCGUUGCAGACUGACGACGCGGUUUUGGACGACGAUGCUAAGAGUGAUUUGGUGGAUACCGACGACGGGGCUAGUGCCUCGAAAGGCAUGGAUAUCGGCAUAUUAUCCGACUUUGACUCCGUGGCUGAUGUCAGUACGGAGGUUCUUCGAGGUGAUGAAAUCCUGAGGUUUGAUCCAGAUCUUGUUGGCGAUGACAGGACGCUUUCUCAAUCCCAGACAGCGAUUUCAGUUUCCAGGAAGUCCCGAGACCAUGUGAUGGCCUCGCAGCCGAAGAUGAUAUUUUCCUACUCGGAAUCAGGAAGUCAGGGGCCUUUCAGUCGCGAGAGAGGGAACCACCUGCAAUAUUCCAACUCUUCUCAUAACGAAUACGUACCGGCUUGA